GUUUAUGCUUAAUGCAUGUUUCAGAUAAAAUGCCAGGAACCAUGAAAAAGAAAUUAAAAAUUGUUCAGGACUUAAAGAUAACUUCUCCUGCAGUAGAAGAUACAUGUUUUGUAAAUAAACCUGAAGAUGAAAUUAAGCUAACAAAUACAGGAAUACAAGGAGAAAUAUUUGUUCGUGGAUUGGAUCCUCUGCCAUCUGAACCAAAACUAAACAGAAUAAAGAAAAGUAUAGAAGAUGGAUAUUCAUGUUCACAAUGUGAAUAUUUUGCAACUGAAUAUUCAAAUCUUAAGAAACAUAUUAAAAGCAAACAUGAAGGGUAUUCUUGUUCUCACUGUGAUUAUUCUGCAUCUACAGCAAGUAAUCUGAGGAUUCAUGUUGAAAGUAAACAUGAAGGAGCGAGAUAUCUUUGCCCUAAUUGUGAAUAUAUUGCAUCUACAGCAAGUUAUCUGAAGAUACAUAUAAAAAAUAAACAUGAAGGAGUGAGAUACCCUUGCCCUCAUUGUGAAUAUAUUGCAUCUACAGCAAGUUAUCUGAAGAUACAUAUAAAAAAUAAACAUGAAGGAGUGAGAUACCCUUGCCCUGAUUGUGAAUAUAUUGCAUCUACAGCAAGUAAUCUAAAGAUUCAUAUAAAAAAUAAACAUGAAGGAGUGAGAUAUCCUUGUUCUCAAUGUAACUAUGCUGCAUCUCUACCACAUCAUCUGAAGAGACAUGUAGAAAAUAAACACGAAGGAUUGAGAUAUCUUUGCCCUGAUUGUAAUUUUAGUACAGCUAGAACCGAGUACAUGCAUAAACAUAUCGAAUUUAAACAUAAAGGGGUGAGAUAUCCUUGCCCUGAAUGUGAGUUUGUUGCAAAUUUUGCAAUCACUCUGAAGACACAUGUAGAAAAUAAACAUAACGGAGUGAGAUAUCCUUGCCCUCAAUGUGAGUAUGCGGCAACAACAGCUGGUGAUAGGAAGAAACAUGUUGAAAGUCAACACGAAGGAGUGAGAUAUCUUUGUUCACAAUGUGACUUUAUUGCAAGUUUUGCAAGCAAACUAAAGAGUCAUGUAGAAAAUAAACAUAACGGAGUGAGAUAUCCUUUCCCUCAAUGUGAGUAUGUGGCAACUACAGCUGAUGCAAGAAAGACACAUGUUAAAAGUCAACACGACGGUGUGAGAUAUCCUUGUUCUCAAUGUAACUAUGCUGCUGUUCAACCAUAUCUUCUGAAGAGACAUGUAGAAAAUAAACAUGAAGGGGUGAGAUAUCCUUGCCCUCAAUGUGACUUUGUUGCAAAUUUUGCAAGAACUCUAAAGACACAUGUAGAAAAUAAACAUAACGGAGUGAGAUAUCCUUGUUCUCAAUGUAACUAUGCUGCUAUUCAACCAUAUCUUCUGAAAUCACAUGAAUGCACUGAAUCAAGGUCGGCGAAACAGAAGUCCAGCCUAAGUGCACCUACAUUGGUGGGGGAGGGUUUCAGUUCAGAUGGAGAGAAUGGGAGCAGGAGAAAAGGAGAAAAGGAAAAGGGGAAAAAUCUAGAUUUUAUGAAUGAGAAUGCAGAUAGCUCUGUUUUCAACCCUGAAACCUCUACACCCUGCCUCAAAGGGAAGAAAUCAUCCCAACAAACAGUACAGCACACCCUACAACCUGCCUUACAUGAACAGCGCAAGAAGAUACAGAACAAUUCGAAUACCCUUUACAAAUACCAAUUUCAGAACAUACACAAGAACAAAUUAUUGGCUGAGAUCAAUCUGAAAGAUGUGUCAAUGAAAUCCAAAUCUGAAAGACAGAACAAUCCGUUCCCAGACAGAAUUAAGACUUUAGGGGAGUUGGAAGAACUUGAAGAUAAACUUCAAGAUGCUGGUUUCUUUUCACAGUGCUUAAACUGUUUGGGUGAAAAUCUGGAAGGUUCGACUAUUCAAAACACCGCGUAUAGACUACUUCCUAAGAUAAUGGAAAAGGAGUUUCUUCUGGAUGUCAGCUGGACUAAUGGGUUUGGGAAGAACAAAACUAAGAAAUCAGUAAUUCUAACUGAGUUUCCCAAAAUGGUGAAUUUAAUCCUAGGGGUUAUAAAUGGGUCAGAAAGAUGGUAUUCAGACUUUAAAGCCGAUCCCUUGAGCUCGCAGAGGUCCCUUACAAAUGGACUUUCUCAAUAUCUUCGUAACCUGGUGUAUAAUUCAAAGAAUAAAACAUCAAGAAGCUCCUCUUUAUCUGAAGAUGAAAGAAAGAAGCCUCGACUUGAAUAUCCUAAUAAGCUUAUUAGAGCUGGAGGAGAUUCCGCAGUCAACCCAUCUGCAGGCUCAUCUGCUCGACCCACUACAGAUGUAAGAUCAGAAAGUGAGAAUUGGAAGGAAGUGUAUAUUUCAAAUGAACAGAGGAAACCUAAAAAUUGGAACAGAGUUGGAGCUGGAGCUACAGGCCCAUUUCACUCAAACUGUCAUAGUUGGAAGGAAGCACAUAUUUCUAAGGAAGGAAUGAAAUCUUUCAAAACUAACAGAGUCGGAGCCCGAGCUGCAGGCCCAUUUCAGGAUGUUUGGAAGCCUGAACCUCAGGACCAACUAGUACGUAGGAACAAAACUUCGGAGCAGCCUGUUAAUCAGCCUCAACUAGAUGACGACCUUGAAUCAAGCUAUCAGAUCAAGAGACCAAUGGCUAUCCAAUCUACGUGUCCGACAAACUACAUGCCAAGUAACUUGAGCCAGCAAUAUGAAGAUCGAGAUCUUCAUCUUCUUCGAAAAAGGGAAAAUUAUCACUGGAACCGUGAAUUUAAUCCUAGACACCAUCAAGGAGAGAUUCGUGGGCCUUUAGCUGAACUACGCGGUUUUGGAACCUCACAGAACGAGCAACGUUACCAUAAAGCUCCCUGAGAAAUAUGGCGCCCUGAUGAGGUGUUCACAAGUCCAUGUCAGGUCAAGGGCAUACACAGCCUACAGGUUUCCCCUCCCUCCCCAUUCCCUAAAAAAUUGGGAGGGGGGGGCACUUGACACGGACUUGUCGAGACACCCAAAUGAAGACGUAUUUCACACUCCUCUGCCGCUUUCGUAAUUGUAAAUUGGCUGUACAGUCCAAAGUAGGACUGCAAAGGUUGGCCCAGCACGGAUAUUCAAAUGUACACCGGCGGGGCGUGAUUUAAGAUGUCCGUAAAUUAAGAACAGCCAUAAAACUUCCCUGGGGUCAUGUGAGGUCCCACACAAAAUUUGGGCCAAAUCGGUUCAGUCCUUUAACGUUUAUUGGAUACAAACGAACAGACACCCAGACAAUCAGAUAGACUGGCAAAGUGUAUAUAA